UUCAUCUCAUUAGCCAAAAAGUAAAUUUAUAUCCACAGUCAGGUCAUAAAAAUAAAACCCUAAAAUCCUUCUCGCACUCACUCCGGCCACCUUAGCUUACUUCCAUCUCGCACUCACUCCGGCCACCUUAACCUGCUUCCAUCUCUCGUUCACGGCUAGCCUGGAUCUCACAAGUCACUCCGGCCGCCUUAACACACAGUGCUUGGACACAUUGGUUGAAAGUAAUGGUGGGUUGGCAGAGACAUUUGCAGUCGUUGCUUCAUCAAGCUGGGAAAAUAGUAGACCAUAAUUGUUCUUCCAUCGCAAGCUUUUCAUCAUCUUCUUCAUCAUCUUUAAUACAUGGCGAAUUGCCAUGUUUACAGAGAUUAUGGACAUCGCCUUCUACCGACAUCUCGAGGCCCUUGUAUCACUAUUUGCAAUUUUCAGGCAUCUCCAGUUCAAGGAAAUUACUAGCAGAUGAGCAAACUCCCAUUCGAUCACCUUUGACUCCUCAAUUAACUCCACUAAGCAGUGAAAAAGCUGAACAACAGAAGGCAGCCUUUAAGCCGGAAAACGUUCAAGCAAUAUUAAAAAAUAUUAAACAGAGUCCUAAGAAGGUCAAUUUGCUUGCUGCUUUAGUUCGUGGCAUGCGUGUUGAAGACGCGUUGUUGCAGCUGCAAGUGACAACAAAGCGAGCUGCAAAAACUGUCUACCAGGUUAUCCAUUCAGCUAGAGCCAAUGCAACUCACAAUUAUGGGUUUAAUCCAGAACGCCUCCUUGUUGCUGAGGCUUUUGUCGGAAAAGGGUUAUUUAAGAAGAGAGUUUCAUACCAUGCAAAGGGAAGAUCUGGAGUUAUGGUAAAGCCCGAGUGUCGUCUGACAAUAGUAUUGAGGGAGAUAACACCCGAAGAAGAGGCCAAAAUUGCCAAGCUGAGAGUGCAUAAUUUCCGCAAGCUAUCUAAACGGGAGAGGAGGCUUGUCCCACACCAGCUUAUUGAGACCACUCCCAUUUGGGAUCGCAAAGGCAGAGGUGGUGAUCGUGAACCAGCUCGCAUGUCAGCUUGAGGUCACCUUCUUUUUGUAUUUUUUCACAUUGUAGAGGACUAUUGUUUUGUAGUUUAGUAGUGAUAAUACUGCAGAAUUACAUAGGGCCAAAGUGCUUGAAAGGAGUCUCAAAUCCUUCUACUGUCCCCUAUAUUCUGAAGCUUCUCCUCUUUCAAAAAUAAAAAAGAAUUGCCUUUCUGUUCAA